AUGGCAAAAAAAGAUUUAGCAAAAGAUAAUGAAAAACGUUCAUGUGAAUUAUCUGCUGAUUUUACUCAUUUACAAUUACAACCAAUACAUAAAAUCAUGACAUUAAAAUUUGCACUUAAUCAAACACAGAAAGUAUUAAGUGUUUGUGAAAAGAAUCCAAUUGAUGAACAUCCAUUAAAUUCUGAUGAAUAUAAUCCAUUUAGUAUUUGUGCAGCAUCCUAUAUACCACAUUUAUCCGUAUGA